AUGGAGAAAACUGAAGAAAAUAGAGAAAACUUGAGGAAUGUGGAGCUGAAUUUAGCUUUGUUGUUUUCAGGUGAAUCAAGUGGAUCACAAAGAAGUGUUGCUUCAAAUUUAACCGAGCUUGAAUCCCAACAACCACCUAAUGGAUGGGAAAGUGCUAAAGAAGUUGGAGAGAAGCUGAGGAACUUCUUGCACUCCAUGCCUUGUGUUUUUUAUGAUGGACCAAAUGGAAAGAAGACUAAAGGAUACUUAUUAUACUCGUCUGUGAGGAGAGAAGAUCUAAAGAUAGUUUGUAGUUGUCAUGCUAGUUUUCUGACCCCCGCUGAAUUUGUCAAACAUGGUGGUGGAGGUGACGUUGAAAACCCUUUAAAGCAUAUAGAUAUAGUUCUUGCCUGAAAAAUGGACUAGCUGCUUUAAUAUGGUUGUUAUUUGAUCUUUUCCUUUGUU